AUGGCUGACGAUUUUCAAAUUGCGCCCAGCAAGCUUGGAACUAAAGAAUAUUGGGAUCAACGAUACAACACCGAGCUCGACAAUUUUCAAUCAUUCGGCGAUGAGGGCGAAAUUUGGUUCGGCGCGAGCUCGGAGAAUCGAAUGCUGAAGUACAUUUGCGAGACGAGCAAAACGCCGACGGACGCCAAAAUUCUCGAUAUUGGCUGCGGGAAUGGUUCGGUUCUUCGAAAAUUGAGAGCGAAUCGAUUCACAAAUCUGAUGGGAAUUGAUUAUUGCGAGGCGGCGGUGAAAUUGGCGCGAAGUUUGGCCGAACAGGAGACGAUUCAGAAUUCUGACAUCGAAGGGAUUAUCGAGUUCAAGCAACAAGAUAUAUUGCAUCCCGAUGAGUCGAUUUUCGAUAUCAAACGCGAUCGAGUCAUUGAUAAAGGCACUUGGGAUGCGAUGAGCUUAUCGGAUCCGCUCAAUCGUGAAGCUCGCCUCAACAAAUACAAAGAGUUUUUGAGGAGAUCGCUCAACGAUAAUGGCGAAUUUAUCAUUUUCUCGUGCAAUUUCACAAUUGACGAGCUUCGACGCCAAUUCGAUGGCGAUUUUCUCGCGUUCGUCAAAGAGAUUCCGGCGAGCCAUCAGUUCUCGUUCGGCGGAAAACCGGGCGUCACGUCGACCGGCGCGGUUUUUGUCAGAAAGUAG